UGGCCCGUGGGCGAAUCAGGGCCCCAACACCCUCCCCUCCUCGCAGGGACCCCGGAGAACGGCAGCGAGCCUGAGAGCAGGUCCCCGGACAACAGGACCCAGCUGGCCCCCGCGUGCAUGCCAGGGGGACGCUGGUGCCCUGGACCUGGAGCCGACAUCUGCUUGCCGCUGGACGCCUCCUGCCACCCCCAGGCCUGCGCCAGUGGCUGCACGUCAGGGCCAGGGCUACCCGGGGCCCCCUAUGUGCUAUGGAGAGAGUUCCUCUUCUCCGUUCCCACGGGGCCCCCCGCGCAGUGCUCGGUCACCCUCCACGGCCAGGAUGUCCUCAUGCUCCCUGGUGACCUCGUUGGCUUGCAGCACGACGCUGGCCCUGGCGCCCUCCUGCACUGCUCGCCGGCUCCCGGCCACCCUGGUCCCCAGGCCCCGUACCUCUCCGCCAACGCCUCGUCAUGGCUGCCCCACUUGCCAGCCCAGCUGGAGGGCACUUGGGCCUGCCCUGCCUGUGCCCUGCGGCUGCUUGCAGCCACGGAACAGCUCACCGUGCUGCUGGGCCUGAGGCCCAACCCUGGGCUGCGGCUGCCUGGGCGCUAUGAGGUCCGGGCAGAGGUGGGCAAUGGCGUGUCCAGGCACAACCUGUCCUGCAGCUUUGACGUGGUCUCCCCAGUGGCUGGGCUGCGGGUCAUCUACCCUGCCCCCCGCGACGGCCGCCUCUACGUGCCCACCGACGGCUCAGCCUUGGUGCUGCAGGUGGACUCUGGUGCCAACACCACGGCCACGGCUCGCUGGCCUGGGGGCAGUGUCAGCGCCCACUUUGAGAAUGCCUGCCCUGCCCUGGUGGCCACCUUCGUGCCCGGCUGCCCCUGGGAGACCAAUGAUACCCUGUUCUCAGCGGUAGCACUGCCGUGGCUCAGUGAGGGGGAGCACGUGAUGGACGUUGUGGGGGAAAACAGCGCCAGCCGGGCCAACCUCAGCCUGCGGGUGACGGCGGAGGAGCCCAUCUGUGGCCUCCGCGCCACGCCCAGCCCCGAGGCCCGUGUACUGCAGGGAGUCCUAGUGAGGUACAGCCCCGUGGUGGAGGCCGGCUCGGACAUGGUCUUCCGGUGGACCAUCAACGACAAGCAGUCCCUGACCUUCCAGAACGUGGUCUUCAACGUCAUUUAUCAGAGCGCGGCGGUCUUCAAGCUCUCAGUAGAGACAGUGGCUUCUUAUGUUGCCCCGGUUGGUCUUAAACUCCUGGCCUCAAGGGAUCCUCCUGUCUCAGCUUCCCACAGUGCUGGGAUUACAGGGGACCAACAAGGCACCAUGGCGCAGAAGGGCCAACUCAGUGACGAUGAGAAGUUCCUCUUUGUGGACAAAAACUUCAUCAACAGCCCAGUGGCCCAGGCUGACUGGGCCGCCAAGAGGCUCGUCUGGGUCGCCUCGGAGAAGCAGGGCUUCGAGGCAGCCAGCAUUAAGGAGGAGAAGGGGGAUGAGGUGGUUGUGGAGCUGGUGGAGAAUGGCAAGAAGGUCACGGUUGGGAAAGAUGACAUCCAGAAGAUGAACCCACCCAAGUUCUCCAAGGUGGAGGACAUGGCGGAGCUGACAUGCCUCAACGAAGCCUCCGUGCUACACAACCUGAGGGAGCGGUACUUCUCAGGGCUAAUAUAUACAUACUCUGGCCUCUUCUGCGUGGUGGUCAACCCCUAUAAACACCUGCCCAUCUACUAGGAGAAGAUCGUCGACAUGUACAAGGGCAAGAAGAGGCACGAGAUGCCGCCUCACAUCCACGCCAUCGCAGACACGGCCUACCGGAGCAUGCUUCAAGAUCGGGAAGACCAGUCCAUUCUAUGCACAGGCGAGUCUGGAGCCGGGAAAACCGAAAACACCAAGAAGGUCAUUCAGUACCUGGCCGUGGUGGCCUCCUCCCACAAGGGCAAGAAAGACACAAGUAUCACGCAAGGCCCAUCUUUUGCCUACGGAGAGCUGGAAAAGCAGCUUCUACAAGCAAACCCGAUUCUGGAGGCUUUCGGCAACGCCAAAACAGUGAAGAACGACAACUCCUCACGAUUCGGCAAAUUCAUCCGCAUCAACUUCGAUGUCACAGGUUACAUCAUGGGAGCCAACAUUGAGACCUAUCUGCUAGAAAAAUCACGGGCAAUUCACCAAGCCAGAGACGAGAGGACAUUCCACAUCUUUUACUACAUGAUUGCUGGAGCCAAGGAGAAGAUGAGAAGUGACUUGCUUUUGGAGGGCUUCAACAACUACACCUUCCUCUCCAAUGGCUUUGUGCCCAUCCCAGCAGCCCAGGAUGAUGAGAUGUUCCAGGAAACCGUGGAGGCCAUGGCGAUCAUGGGUUUCAGCGAGGAGGAGCAGCUAUCCAUAUUGAAGGAGGUAUCAUCGGUCCUGCAGCUUGGAAAUAUCGUCUUCAAGAAGGAAAGAAACACAGACCAGGCGUCCAUGCUGGAUAACACAGCUGCUCAGAAAGUUUGCCACCUCAUGGGAAUUAAUGUGACAGAUUUCACAGUCCUCACUCCUCGUAUCAAGGUUGGGCGAGAUGUGGUACAGAAAGCUCAGACAAAAGAACAGGCUGACUUUGCUGUAGAGGCUUUGGCCAAGGCAACAUAUGAGCGCCUUUUCCGCUGGAUACUCACCCGCGUGAACAAAGCCCUGGACAAGACCCAUCGGCAAGGGGCUUCCUUCCUGGGGAUCCUGGAUAUAGCUGGAUUUGAGAUCUUUGAGGUGAACUUCGAGCAGCUGUGCAUCAACUACACUAACGAGAAGCUGCAGCAGCUCUUCAACCACACCAUGUUCAUCCUGGAGCAGGAGGAGUACCAGCGCGAGGGCAUCGAGUGGAACUUCAUUGACUUUGGGCUGGACCUACAGCCCUGCAUCGAGCUCAUCGAGCAACUGGAACCCUAGGUGAAUUCAAGUCAAGCAACAAAUUCAUUUGCAAGAAUUAUGAACUCGGCUGGGCGCAGUGGCUCACACCUGUAAUCCCAGCACUUCGGGAGGCCGAGGCAGGCAGAUCACGAGAUCAGGAGUUUCAGACCAGCCUGGCCAACGCAGUGAAACCACAGCUCUACUAGAAAUACAAAAAAUAACUGGGUGUGGUGGUGGGCACGUGUAAUCCCAGCUACUUUGGAGGCUGAGGCAGGAGCAUUGCUUGAACCCGGGAGGUUGCAGUGAGCCAAGAUCGUACCACUGCACUCUAGCCUGGGCGACAGUGCGAGACUCCAUCUCAAAAAAAAAAAAAAAAGUUCCCACCAAUUUAGCCUUUCCAAUCGAUGACAGCUGCCAACCUUAUCAGGUAGUGAGAGCUUUGGUGAGAGCUCUGAGUCAAUAGGAAGGCAGUUACAAUAUUUAAAUUCAAAUUCUUUUCACAUAUGGUUUUUUUUUUAGCAGCUAAUAGAUGUUCCCUUUACCCUGCACUUGAUUCCCCAAAUCUAAUGUAUGAUAGUAAAAUUAUGAAUAUAUGAAUAAUUUGCACACAUUAAAUUUUGGAAUUGCUCUGAAAA